GGCGGUGUUUCCGGGAGGCCGGGCGGCGAGGUACGGCGGGCGGGGCUGUUACCCCCGCCCCUUCCGCCGACACGGGGAGGCGAGGGGCGGCCGGGCUGGGCGCGCAGGAUGCUGCGGUCCCUGUGGAGUUUCCUCAAGCGGCACAAGAAGAAAUGCCUCGUCCUCGGCACCUUCCUCGGCGGAGUCUAUUUACUGGGAAAAUACGGGCAGAAGAAAAUCAGAGAAAUCCAAGAACGAGAGGCAGCUGAAUACAUCGCCCAAGCCCGAAGGCAGUAUCAUUUUGAAAGUAAUCAGAGGACAUGCAAUAUGACAGUGCUGUCAAUGCUUCCAACAUUGAGGGAUGCCUUAAUGCAUCAAUUAAAUUCUGAGAGUCUCACAUCUCUUCUUAAAAAUAGGCCAGCAAACAAGUUAGAAAUAUGGGAGGAUUUAAAGAUAAUAAGUUUCACAAGAAGUGUUGCAGCUGUAUAUAGUACCUGUAUGCUAGUAGUUCUUUUGCGGGUCCAGUUAAAUAUUAUUGGCGGUUACAUCUACCUAGAUAAUGCUGCACUCUGCAAAAAUGGCACAACACCACUGGCUCCCCCUGAAGUUCAGCAGCAAUAUUUAUCAAGUAUUCAGCACCUUUUAGGAGAUGGACUGACUGAGUUAAUAACUAUUGUUAAACAAGCUGUGCAUAAAGUUUUUGGAAGUAUUUCCCUUAAGCAUACCCUGUCUCUUCUGGAGCUGGAACAGAAACUUAAAGAUAUUAGGAAAGUAGUGGAACAUAAAGAUUCAGACCAGAUUGCAUCUUACUCUCCCUUAUGUCAUUAUCUGAUGCCAGAUGAAGAAAACCCCUUGGCUACCCAGGCCUGUGGACUGACAGAAAGAGACAUUACUACAAUUAAAUUACUUAAUGAAACCAGAGAUAUGCUAGAAAGUCCAGACUUCAGUACAGUUUUGAGCACAUGUUUAAAUAGAGGAUUCAGUCGACUGCUGGACAAUAUGGCAGAGUUUUUUAGACCUACGGAACAGGACCUCUCUCAGAAUGGAUCUGUAUAUAGUCUUUCCAGUGUCAGUCUUCCUUUAGCCAAGAUAAUUCCAAUAAUAAAUGGACAGAUCCAUUCAGUAUGCAGUGAAACACCCAGUCACUUUGUUCAGUUCUGCACAUAAACCUUUCUAAAGCAAGACGUUUGAGUUACAUCUCGCUGGGAGCGCCAGGUGCUUUCCUCGUAUAUUUCUGUGCUGCAGUAAAAUCGGAAGAGUAGUGGAUGUGUUUGAUUAAGCAAAUGUAUUCUUUAAAUUUCUUCUAGGACCUGUUGAUGAUGGAACAAGUGAAAGAUUUUGCUGCUAAUGUUUAUGAAGCUUUUAGUACCCCUCAGCAACUAGAAAAAUGAACUGCACAUUUAUAGGAAUAGAUUGUGUAGCAAAUCCAUGUGACUACUGAUGAGAGUUGGGUUAAUUUUAUAAUGGUGUAGGAGUGGUAGACCAGCAUAAAGAACAUACUGAAAAAAGUGGGAGCGAGCCCAUAUUUGUUCUAACAGAAUUCUGUUACAAACACCCAUGAAAGAUAUUCUUGUUGAAAGAAUGAUUGUAUGUAAAGACUUUUCUAUUAAAAAAGUGGUUCAACUUCUCCAUAAUGCAUUUGAUUAUUUUUAUUGCAUCUGAAAGGCAUCUGGUGGCACUAUUAGUAGAACAAGUUACUAAAAAAAACCCCAGUUGUUUGCCUGGGGUGUGUAAGUUUUGGGAAAACUAAUAAUAGUGAGUUAAGAAUAGCAGAUAAUAGCAGAAUGAAGUAAGGCUUCUUUCUUCUUCUUGCAAAUUUUUCUUUACUAAAAGAAAACCUUUUUUCCUGAACUUUACAAAUGUUAUUCCAGAGUCUCAUUCUUCAGAAAGUCUUUGCCAACUGAUGCUGGGGGGUGCUCUCUCUGUUACUUAAUACUACAGGAAUGUGGAUUUCUAGAAGUUUUCUUGUUUAUGCUGUUCAAACAGCUACAAUGUAUACAUUUAACUUGUAAAUAUUUUAUCUUAAUUUGUAUUAAUUUUGAGCCCAAUUGUCUGUAUUGUAAUAAAAUAUUUUAAUGUA